AUGUCCUUACACGCGAAUUCGUCGCGCCAUGACACGGCAGCUCCCGGUUUCGGUCAAUCUUACGACCCAUUCGCCGAUCUUUCACGGAGCGCGGAUGACAUCGAUGAAGCCCUCGACUUUGAGGAUACAUACGAUGGUUUAGGCGAUGCCUUAGAUGAGACAGAUGAUGCUUUCAACGAUGAUACAUUUGGUGGAGACUCCGGUGGAGUGUCGCAUGCGCCAGUUGGCAAGGAUUUCGACUUCUUUGGACAGACUGCUAAAGUUGCGAACGCUAUUGAGGAAGAACACCAGCGCUUCAGCCGCCAACAACCAGCUCCGAAAUCAACCCAACCUUCUUCAUCGCAGACAUACGGGUCGGGAUAUGCCUAUCAGCCAGCACCGAAACCCGCUAGAACUGGUUAUGAGAAGUAUAAAUCCGAGCCAGUCUCAGACCUUCAAGUUGACGCUUCAAUAUGGGGAGUCCAGCCAAAGAAAGCAACCCCAGUAGCAGCACCAGCUCCACCACAGUCCGCAGCGCCACCGGCGGGCCGUAAGAUGAUGAGUCUAGAAGAGGUUGAAGCGGCGAUGCGAGCCCAGGCAAAAGCUCCUACUCAACCCCAACAGCCUCAACAGCCUCAACCACAGCUUCAGGCUCCAUCCCAACCCGGCCCUGAGCCUCAGGCAGCACUUCCUCCUGCUCAUUACCCUCAUCAGGAGCCCAUCAACUAUCAACAGCAGCAAUUCGACAAUCGCCAACCUCAGGGAUUCUAUGCCCCCGACAACCAGCAGCUUCCGCAAGGGGUUGUUCAUGGACAUCCUAUAGCGAUUCUGCAGCGACCAGCUUCCAAGAACAUUCCAUCUAAUGGGCCCAAUGUGCCAGUCUCUUUACCCCAGCAGCACCAACCUGCUCCCAUGGGAUUCCCAACGCAGAUACUGCAAAAUCCCAAUCGUAUGCCUGGAGAACCUACUAGAAUGAACUUGCCGACACAUCCAACUCACCGAUCGCAGAAUUCGUUUACUCGCCAACCUCAGGCUAGUGCUCCCCAAGGUCACCUUUCUCAUUUAUCCGAGCAGGAGAAGGCAUCUUUCCUCGAAGCUGAGGCAAGACGAGCUAAGCGUAAUCACAAAAUUCACGUUUUAUCAAAGGAUAAUGGUUUGAUGACACCCCAGGACAAGAGUUUCAUUACCCGAAUCCAGCUUCAGCAACUCGUCUCGGCCACUGGUGACCCUAGUGAACACGGAACCGAUGCUGCUCUCGCAGAAGAUUUCUACUACCAGGUGCUCAGUUCCUUGCGAGCUGGACAGAGACCCAACCCGAAUCAGCCACUGAACAAUUUUGCCCAGACGUACCUCUUCCAGACUGGUACUCGUCAUGGGGGCAUGAGACGUCAAGGUCGAGGCCCCGAGAAUCACAUGCAGCGUAUGGAGCAACAGGUACAGCGUGCAGUAGAGGCGGCCAAAAAUAAACCUAAGAAUAAACAAUUGGUCAUCGAGGGCAGUCUAGGAAAGAUCUCGUUCAGCAACGCGAAGACGCCUAAACCUCUAUUGAACAUUAAGCGUACUGAAAGCAGUACUGACGCCACUCGACCUGGUAGCGGGCAUCGCUCCCAUCCAACCACCGGUACCGAUAAGAAGGAGACGCUACAGAAUAUUGAGAAAGUCUAUUUGACUCUAAUGAAGAUGGAGGAUCUGGACCGCAACAUGCCUCCCCCUCCGGCAAACGGCAAUCCGGAUCCAGACUUUGAGCGACGUGCCGAGUUGCAGCAACAGUUGCAACAACUAAAUGAACAAUUGUGGAACGAACUCAAAGUCCACGAGCCUAUAGGCGCGACCUCGGUGCACCCUUUCAUUGCCUUCUUGUCCUAUCCUAAAGGCAAGAAAGCCAUCGGCCGCGUAUUCAACCAUCUUACCCUUGAGCAGCAAACAACUAUCCUGACAAUCAUCGUCAUUCACCUCGAUCAACUCGACGUGGUUCGUGGUGCGCAAGUGCAAACAGGAGAGCCAAUUAAUCUAAAUGCCGCCACUCGCGAGAGUAUUGAGCUAUUCAUUGUGGCAGUUAUGCCAAGCCUGCUCCAUCUCUUAGGCAAAUCGGAGCUGCAUAUUGUCACUGGCGUCCUUGGACUUAUAACCCAAAAUCUCAAUGUAGAUCUUGUUGCUCGAACUCGGAUUGGUGUCUCGAUGUUGACCAUGAUCCUCAGUCGAGCAGAGCUGGCCAAGCAAGCUGGACAGGCAACUGAACAGUCCUGGCAACAAUGGGUUGCUACUUUUAAUCAGUUUUUCAACGCAUUGGAACCAACUCUUCCAAACAUCUUCCCAGGCACUGUGGCAUCUGGGGAGGACAUUUAUGUGUGGCAAUUCCUUGCCGCCAUUGGCAUAGGGGCCAGCCCAGAGGAACAGCAACGCCUUGUCCUUGCUGUCAAAGACCGUGUCAUGGAUACUGUCAGCUUGUCCAAGACUCUUCCCCCCGACAUGGCAAAGACUCGUUUGGACAAUGUUAACCUAUUUAUGCGAUCUAUCGGUCUUGACGUCGAAUUGUUAAACAACUAG